AUGGCGCCUGCGAGAAUCGAAGCAGAAGAGUCAGCCAUCGAUGUUCGAGGACCACGCUCAACUAAUCGUCCAACUAUCUACCUUCUCGAACAGUUUCCUGAGGAAGCCAUCCUCCACAGUCAGAAACUUUUCAACACAGUCCUACAUGAUGACCCCGAAGCUUUAAAUUGGCAAGCGAACGCUGAUGCUAUACUCGUCCGCGAAAAGCCCAUCUCGGCUGAAGCUGUACAUGCUGCCAAAAGAUUGAGAGCAAUUGGAAAGCAGGGAACAGGCAUUGAUAUCAUCGAUCAAGUUGCGUGCGAACAACGAGGGAUUGCUAUUUUGAAUACUCCUGGUGUCAAUGCGCAGUCGGUCGCUGAACUCGUUCUGAGCUUAACCAUGGCUGUUGCUCGACAAUUACGAACCAUAUCAGUCAAGCAGGCAGCCGGGUCAGAGGUGCGAAAGGAACACUGCUGCGGUAGAACAAUGACUGGUAGAACGAUUGGAAUUGUAGGCAUGGGCAACAUCGGUUCAGCGGUCGCUCGAAUAUUCAGAGGAGCGUUUAAUGCAUCCAUCUACGCUUGCGACCCCUUUGCCCCAGAGGAUGCUUGGAGUGAUAUUCCUCAUAAAAGAGUCCAAGAUUGGGCAGAUAUGUUAGCUCAUGUCGAUGUCCUAACCCUGCACGUUCCCUUGACUGCACAAACACGGGGCAUGGUUGGCGAAUUGCAGUUCAAGAAAAUGAAGCGUGGAGCUAUUCUUAUCAACGUAGCACGAGGUGGCAUUGUGAAUGAAGAUGAUCUCAUACAAGCUUUGGAGAGCGAUUCGAUUUUUGGAGCUGGUCUAGAUUGUCACAAAGAAGAACCGCCGACUCUUGACCGAUAUGAAAGACUUUGGGCGAGAGGAAAAGUCAUUAGCACUCCACACAUUGGAGCAACCACAGCUGAAACCCAAGUCCUGACGGCAACCACAGCGUUGAAUAAUGUAGCUAAAUAUUUAGAUCUAGGGGAGCGGAGAUAG